AUGGCGCAGCCUAGCAAAGAGCCAUGUAAGAAACAAGCCUGUGAUAUUCAAGCUUGCCUUUCCAAGAACAAUUUUCUCUCGCAAAAGUGUGUCAGAGUCAUCCAAAUGCUGCAAUCCUGCUGCGAGCAAUGCGAAUACAAGUCAACACAUUGUGCAUCAGUAUCUGGCCUUCUAAAGCAAAUAAACAACUGGAUAGAGGACGGGAAGAGGAGAACGAAGGGGAAUCUUGUAGCGGUGAAGGAAGAAAGAAAGAACGACUUUCUAAUGGGAGUUUAUGCUACAGAUGAGAGUGGAACUCGUGUUAUUGUCUCCUAUCAUGAAAAAAGUAGUGCACAUGCAACACUAAAGGAAUUAGAUGGAUGCCCAUGUUCUGAUCUUGGAGGCCGUUCAUUGCACAUUCACUAUUCAGCACAAUCACUGGGCAAGGUGUGA